UAGAAACACUAGUGCUGCUGUUAGUCUAAUACUGAUGAUUAUGGAUCGUUGUAUCGUGAAAGGUUGUUCAACUAAUUCGCUAAAUAACACGAUUAACAUUAAACCAAAUUUAUUUUUUAAGGUGCCUAAUGAUCCUGAUGUCUCAAGAAAAUGGUGUACAGCAUUAGGUCAAAUUCUUGAACCAGGAAAUAAAGUUUGUGAAAUUCAUUUCAAAGAAGAUGAUAUUUUAAAAAAUUUAUCUACAUUCACCAAACUUGAUGGUCAAAAAACUUUAACAUUCAGGAAAAGAGUCAAGUUAAAACGAGAUGCUGUACCUAUCUCACCUAUACCAAAAGAUCCUUUAGAAAUUGAACAGUCAGACCAUUGGCUAGAAGAUGAACUAGAGCACAUUUCAGAAGAUGAUGUUCAAAAUAUCGAUGAUGAUAAUAUUGAUGAAUUUAAUACAUAUUUAUCUCAAUUAAACAAUGGAGAUGGUGCAGAAGAAGACAACAAAGAUGAUGAUCAAGAUAUAGUAACAUUUAAUGAAGAAGAUGAACUGAAUAUUGAUUCUACAAUAUAUGAAGAUGAUUCUCAAAAAGUUAUACAACAGAACGUAAAAGAAAAAGUUAUGGAUAAAUAUAAAAAAAAUGGUAUUAUAAAACAAAUAAUUCAAUCAUCAGGAUUAGAUGGUAUAAACAGUCAAACCCAAAGGCUUCUUCAAAAAAGAAAGCUUGAUAUAUUUUCUCCAAAAAACAAGCUCUCUGAACUUGGUGUAAGUCCAGAUGAACAAUGUCUUACCCAAAAUAAAAUUAGAAAAAUUGUAUUUUCGUAUCGUCCUUCUAAGCCCUUUGCUUGCUUUGACGAGUUAAAAUAUAUUGUGCAGCACAGGUGUAUAAGACAGCAAUGGUGUGCUAAAGUUGAGCAAAGUAGUGUAUUCUUUUCUUAUGUAGAUUUUGAUGUAUCAAGGGUUAACUGCUGUUUAGAAGUUACUGAAAAUUUCAAAGUGAAUGCUUACACAGCUGACAAAGUUAUCGCGAUAUACGUAGCUACCACAGAUGGAAUUAAAAACAUCACUGAAAUAAUCGAAAUAAUGAAAGUGUUGGAGAAGAAAAGAUGGUGUAUUGGCCCAGGAGUACCUAACGUGAACCGGUCACCCGAUUGCAUAGGUGCGAUGCCUCCCAAAUCAAUGAGUGUUAGUUGCUUUGCAUGUGUAAAAGAAAAAUUAGAUUCUUUAUCGCACACGAGGGAGCUCGCAACCUGCAGGAUAAAAUUAGAGGAAUCUAGGCACAAAUACGAGCUGAUGAGAAAAAAGCAUCAUUACGCAAAUGUUCAGUACGAAAGAUUAAAAUCAGAAAACAAAAUAUUAGAGCUCCAAGUGGAUGAUGCGAAGAAAAUUGCUAUAAACGAGGUUCUAGAUAGGCUACCAACAUUACAGCAAUGUGUGGUACGAUAUAUAAUACAUUCGUCCUAUACGGUAAAAAGUGCGCUGCGCUACAGUGAAACAUGGCUCAACGAGUGUCAUGUCAUGCGAGCCAUAAGUUCAGCUUUGUACGAAUACAUAAGGCACAAGGAGAUCUUACCAUUGCCGUGUCUUGACACUCUAAAAAAGCACAAAUUGAGAACUAACGAACAAUCUACGAGUAACGAUUUUAAGACACAAGAUCUAGAUAUCACAGCUGCUAAUAAUUUGAAGUUACCUGAACCUGAAUUGCUAGAAUGUAUACCUGAUCCUAUAAUUGUGAUUAAGUCUGCAGAAGAUUGUGAAUUGCCAGUGAUAACUGAAUCAAUAGAUACGACUGAAACAUCAGAGAUACCCGUGUCGACUGAUAUGCCUGAAUCUACGAAUACAAAUGAAUAUGGCCUAGUAGACAUACUUCCGGAGUGUAUUAUUUCCGAAGACGUUGCAUAUGAAGUGACUGUGUCUACUGAACCAUUUGAGGAAGAAUAUUAAGUUUGACUUUUAUUUGUUAUUAAACGCUUAAUGAUAGAUUUGUAAAGUGUCAUUGUAAAUAUUUCACGCCACUUAUUACCCCUAAAGAUUAAUGCGAUAAAUAAAUUUGUUACAAAAAGUUAAAAAAUGAUUAAUGUGAUUUGGAAAAUUAGUGUUUUACAACUAGAAUCAUAAUUCUGAUUGAUCAAUUGACUUCUUAGAUACCAUCUCAUUUCUCUCGUGCUCUUCUCGCAGCUUGAACUUUUGUAUCUUGCCACUUCCAGUUUCGGGAAAAUCAUCUUGGAACGAAACGUAUCGCGCUAUUCUUAAACCAGCGAUCUUUCCUUGGCAAUAAUUUCAAAAUCAUCAUCGGUGAGAAUCGACGCACACACUGAACGUAUGAGUUGGAUGACUUGCAGAUGUUCCUCGAGAAAGUAUUCGAUAUCCUGCUCAACCAAUCAAGCGAUCAUUUCCGAUUUAGAUUUCAGGCAAAUCGUUGAAUAUAUCUUGGAUAAUAUAUUGUCUCUGCCUUGUAUAUCAUAUCCUCCAAUCAACCGAUGACGAGGCCGCAGCCAUCUUUCCUCAAAAUGUAGCGAUCACCGGUCUUGAACCAGCCAUCUUCUAUGAUGGUUUUCCGCGUAGCCCAUUACUAUGCUGUAACCUGUUAUGUGAAGUUCAGCGGGGAUGUCAAAUGGAACGAUA